AAUGAAGCCAAAAAAACCCAGAGAGAGGAGAAGAAACCCCAUUAAAUUGAGACCGAAUUCCGUUCUCGAGCUUCCCCUUUUCUCGCUUCUCUCUCGCCAUUGAUGAAAGGUGGUAGUGUUCGUGGUGGCGCGUCUAUUGAUGGGCGGCGGAGAAUCAGAGAAGGAGGAGGAGGAGGAGGAGGAUUGGCCGGCGCCACGUGUCACCGGAGCCAGACUAGUUGACGCGCCCGUUCUUUUCUUCGUCGCCACCCAUAAAGCUUUCCGUGGCGAGCUGUCGUCGCUCCACCGUGCGGCGGCGGAGGCGGCUGUUGGCGGUGCCGUCCGCCGUGAACUCGUCGUUGACCUCCGCCGGAGGUUGCAGUUUAUGAAGCUCGUUUUCAACUACCAUUGCUCUGCUGAAGAUGAGGUAAUAUUUCUUGCAUUAGAUGCACACGUAAAGAAUGUGGUCCCCACGUAUUCGCUCGAACAUAAAUGUAUCGAAGAUAACUUCAGUUCCGUUUUCCGUCACUUGGAUCGCGUGAUAAACAACGACGAAGAUGCUCAGAUGUUUCAAGAGCUUCUGUUCUCCAUAGGCACUGUCCAAACCAUGAUUUGUCAGCACAUGCAUAAAGAAGAGGAACAGGUUUUCCCUUUGGUGAUGAAGAAAUUCGAUCCCGAGCAGCAAUCUCAGCUCGUGUGGCAGUACAUAUGCAGUGUCCCGACUGUACUGCUUGAGGAAUUUUUCCCGUGGAUGACUCUGUACCUUACUAAAGACGAAAAACUCGAUCUUAUUCAUUGCAUAAACCUCAUCCUACCUAAAGAAAGAUUACUUCAAGAGGUGUUUGUUUCUUGGAUUCAGCGAGAAGAGAGUUCUUACAAAGCGGAAAAUAUAUAUAGAAAGGGGUGUGAGCUUUUAAAUCUACUGUCGGAUUCCAAGUUGAUUGCACCUCAAAUUCACGGUGAAUUAGGACAGCAACUCGAUAAAGUGUGUUGGGUCCCGAUCAAGGGUGUUUAUCUUUGGCAUGCUGCUCUAAGAAGAGAUUUCGAUCAAAUUUUAGAGGAAUUAUAUGAAAUGAGAAGCUCCGACUGUUUUUCAAGCUUGUCUUCGGUCGUUGUUCAGAUUAAGUUUAUUGCAGAUGCUAUCAUCUUCUAUAGCAAUUUGUUGGACAAAUUCUUUUACCAAUUUCUCGACAUAGCCAAGAGCAGCGUAUCGUCUUGCAGCCCACUAAUCGAUGAAUAUCAGAUUAAAUGUCUUCGAAGUUUGCUAUACUACAAAUGUCAAAAUUUGUCACAGCUGGAGAUGUUUUGUCAAGAACUCGAAUCCUUUGUAAACGGGCUCGCCGGAAAACUGGCAUUUCUCGAAACCGAGAUUUUUCCGUCUAUUAUCGAGACUUGCACAGCCGAGACACAGCUGUGGCUGCUCUACACAAGCCUUAGUACAAUGCCACUUGGCAUGCUAAAAUGCACCGUUUCUUGGUUCUCUGCUCACUUAACCGAUAACCAAUCGAACUGCAUCUUAAACAACGUGAAAAUGGGAUGUCAUUCAAUCAGUAACUCUUUCACAUCUCUAUUACAUGAAUGGGUCCGCAUAGCUCGUUCGGGCAAAAUCUCCACCGAAAAAUUCAGACAUAAUCUCAUCGAAACAUUCAAUGGUAGAACCUUUUACUUGUCCGAACAAAAUCGUACUAUAAUAUUGUCCGAUCACAAAAGGGCAUCUUCUAGUAAUGGAAUGAAUCUUCACACAUUUUAUAAAACAAUGCCGCCCCUUCAAACAAAUCCCGUUAUAUCUGAUAAUGAUGCUACUUUUCUGAAGCUCGAUUCUAGACCAAUGGACCUUGUCUUUUAUAUUCAUAGAGCCCUCGAAGAAGAUCUGAAAUACCUCGCCAGCUUGUCCGCUAAGCUGUCUGAAAACCCCGGACUUUUUCCCGAGUUCAAGAAUCGUUUCGACAUUUUUCACAAGAUUUAUCAAAUUCACAGCAACUCAGAAGACGAAAUUGCUUUCCCAGCUCUCGAAUCGAAGGGGGCGCUUAGAAAUAUAAGCCACUCGUACUGCAUUGACCAUAAAUUGGAAGUCAAACAUUUCACGAGAAUUUCCACAACCCUAAACGAAAUCUCUGAGUUGCAUGGUCGUGAGAUAGAGCACUAUCGGUUGUGUCUGAAGCUUCACGACACGUGCAUGGCCAUGCAUAAGGUACUAUCGGACCAUAUAUACCGUGAAGAAGUCGAAAUCUUUCCUUUGUUCAGACAGUGCUUCUCUAUCGAGGAAGAAGGGAAGAUUUUAGGGCAAAUGCUCGGUCGGACAAGGGCGGAAGCUAUACAAGAAAUGCUACCUUGGCUAAUGACGUAUCUAACCUCAGACGAACAAAAUGCGGUGAUGUCAUCAUGGCUUAAAAUUGCGAAGAAUACAAAGUUUGAUGAAUGGUUAGGAGAGUGGUGGGAAGGAAUGGCGAGACAUAAUAAUAAUAAUAAUAUAUCCACGGUGGAAUAUUCUACUCCUUCGGUAGCUUCCGACCCCCUCGAAGUCGUUUCGAAGUACCUUCUGAAAGAAGUUGGUACUCGUGGAGGAGGGGCAGAAAAGGAAUUUCACUUUGAAAAAGUGGAUGAACCGAAGUUUGGCGGUGGAGUUGAAGAGAAGGGGUCCAAAAAAGGAAAAACGAGAUGCGAUGAUGUGGCGGAGAUAGGUAAUAAUAAAGAAUGUCGGGAAUCGAACAAUAAGGAGCAUCCUUUGAACAUGACUCAAGAGGAGCUCGAAGCUACUAUACGAAGAGUAUCACGUGACUCGAAUUUAGAUAGUCAGAAGAAAUCACACAUAAUUCAGAAUUUGCUAAUGAGUCGUUGGAUUAUUACGCAAAAGAUGUCUAGUCAAGAAUCUUCUCCGAUGGGGAAUCACGAAGGAGAGAUUCCUGGUCAAAGUCCGUCUUAUCGGGACCCGCAAAAGUUGACUUUUGGGUGCAGUCAUUACAAGAGGAAUUGUAAGCUUGUUGCUCCGUGCUGUAAUAAGCUUUACACAUGCAUACGUUGUCACGAUGAAUUAACCGAUCACUCUGUGGACAGAAAAGCUAUUACGAAAAUGAUGUGCAUGAAGUGCAUGGUGAUUCAGCCAGUCGGGCCGAAAUGCACGACUAUAUCUUGCAAUGGCUUCUCCAUGGCGAGAUAUUAUUGCAAGAUUUGCAAAUUGUUCGACGAUGAGCGGCAAAUAUACCAUUGCCCGUACUGCAACUUGUGUCGACUCGGGAAAGGGUUAGGCAUUGACUACUUCCACUGCAUGAAAUGCAAUGCUUGUAUGUCAAAGUUACUCUUUGUACACGUAUGUAGAGAGAAAUGUCUCGAGGACAAUUGCCCUAUUUGCCACGAGUACAUUUUUACGUCCAACUCCCCGGUCAAGGCACUUCCGUGUGGUCAUCUUAUGCAUUCAUCUUGUUUUCAGGACUACACUUGUUCUCACUAUGUUUGCCCAAUCUGCAGCAAGUCACUGGGUGACAUGCAGGUGUAUUUCGGGAUGUUAGAUGCUUUGUUAGCUGAAGAGAAAAUGCCAGAGGAAUACUCUGGCCAAACUCAGGUCAUAUUAUGCAACGACUGUGAGAAACGAGGAACAGCCUCUUUUCACUGGCUGUAUCACAAGUGCCCGAAUUGUGGCUCGUAUAAUACGAGGCUCCUCUGACUUUCUUGGCGAGAUUUUUAUUUCCGAAGCUACCACGUAUUCGUAUAUAUCCUGUAUUUAUUCAGUAGGUAAGAUUAUUUUUAAGCUAAUAAUCGGUCUAUUUUUUUUCUCUAAUAGAGAGAGAUUUUGGAAAUGUGAUGUAUUCUCAGGUUCUCGGUUUUUUUCACUCAACCUGUGAAUACGUAUAGUUUUCGUCAAUGAUUAUUCGAGAUGCAAUUUUUUA